AUGAAGCCCGUGCCUGUGGUUCUGCUCAUCAGUUCAGUGUUACUGAGCACUCACAUCCCGCUGAGCAUCUGUCGACCGCGUGAUCUGCGCAUCGGCAACAGCAACAACCGACUACACGACGCGCUAUUAAACAGCGCUGGAGACGACCCAAUGUCCUAUCUCGUCGGCGAAAAAAUCCUUCAAUAUUUGCAACGAAACCUCGGACCGCAGAAAGCAGGCGCUCUCGUGCACUUUCAGCACUUUCCCACGGCGAACGCGCGCGCGCCGGACGAGGACAACAGCUUGGAUGAGCUCGUGGAGUUUAGCAAAAGAAACGACGACCCUCCGAUCUCGAUUGAUCUCACCUUCCACCUGCUGAGGAACAUGAUCGAGAUGGCACGGAUCGAGAACCAAAGAGAACAGGCGGAACUGAACCGCAAAUAUCUAGAUGAGGUUGGGAAGUAGUUGUAAUGGUGACAGAUCAAGUGGGCGAGUACAGAUCAAGCUCAAUGCACUCUUUCAAAUCCCAACUCUUUGCUUUCUUUGACAUGUUAAAAGCUCGUACUUAAAAAUAAAGGUUCUACAAUGGUGACUUGCUGCACUUUAGGUUCAGCAGAGAACCGUCUUCUUAUCAAGAACCAGUGGGUUUUUGAGUUUGCUGUUUGGGUAUCCUAUUUAGAGAUUGUAAAAAGUUCAAAUGUUACUUAGCCGACUGGCUUCGGGGUUCCUUAUCUAAUAAGGCACCUGGACAUAGAUGAUUUUGUGAAGAAUACAUGAUGCCAUUAAAGAACCAUUUAUAUUUCACUAAAGGAUAUUUGUGUUUCUUUAGACUAUUCAAAGGUACAAAAAAAGAAAUGAUUCUGUUAAGAUCCAUUGAAUGAAUGUUUAUUCGGGGAACCAAAAAUGGUUCUUCUAUGGCGUCACUGUGAAGAACCUUUGUAGCACUUUUAUUUUAAAGAGUGUGUGGCAUCCAGCCUUGUUGGUUUCAUUUGCAACCUUUAUUUUUCACUCUUAAAAUAAUGUUCCUCUUAGGUUCUUUGUUAGGUGGUUCCACAAAGAACCUUUAACACAGAACCCUUUUGUUGCACAACAGGUUCUUUAGAGGAAAAAUAAUUCUACAGACUUUAAAAAGGUAAGAAAGAAAUUGUUAUUUUAAGAUCCUACAGAACGGUUCUUUGGGGGAACCAAAAAUGGUUCUUCUAUGGCGUCACUGUGAGGAACCUUUGUAGCACUUUUAUUUUAAAGAGUGUGUGGCAUCCAGCCUUGUUGGUUUCAUUUGCAACCUUUAUUUUUCACUCUUGAAAUAAAGGUUCCUUAUAGGUUCUUUGUUAGGUGGUUCCACAAAGAACCUUUAACACAGAACCCUUUUGUUGCACAAAAGGUUCUUUAGAGGAAAAGAGACUAUAAAAAGGUAAGAAAUAAAUUUUUCCUUUAAAAUCCUAGUGAACGGUUCUUUGGGGGAACCAAAAGUGUUUUUUCUGUGGCAUCGCUGCAAAGAACCUUUGUUUGCACCUUUAUUUUUAAGAAUAUGACAGGAGUUUGUUGUGCUAUACACUCUUAAAAAUAAAGGUGCUUAAAAGGUUCUUCACAGUGUUGCCGCAUAGAACAACCAUUUUUGGUUCCUCAAAGAACUAUUCAGUCAAAGAUUCUUAGAAGAACCAUUUUUCAUACUUUAAAUAAUCUAAAGAACCUUUUUGAAACAGUUUGGUUCUUCGCAUAUUUAAGGUUCUUUAUGGAACCAUUCAGCUAAAAUGGUUCUUCUAUGGCAUUGUGAAGCACCUUUAUUUUUAAGAGUGUAUGCAGCAGCUCUGGGCCAUUUCAGAACAAAGAACCAUAUGCAAGAACCAUCAUGACAGUGCCCUCUCAACACUGCCCAUAACAAAUAACCUUUUGGGUGGGUUAAACUGUGUGUAACCAAAUCUUUCAAUUCAAUAUAAAAUUGUAAUGUUUUGGCACCCUUUUAAUGUUUACUCAGCAUUACAAAUGCCAACUUUUCACCAGAAACAGUCUGAUCUCUGUAUUACUAGGCUACUAAAACACGACAAAUCCUGCUAUUGCCAAUUAGUAUUCUGCUAAUAUAGGGUUUGCAUCUGUAUUGUUGACUUUGUUCUUGUAAAUCAGUGUUUCAUCAAAGCAGGGAACGUUUUUUUGUUUGGUUGCAUCCUCUCAAUACUUGCCAACAGGGACUAUGGAAUGUUCUCAUGACAUAUAAGUGACAUAUAAUAACAAGUGCAUAUGACAUAAUAAGAGCAAACGUGUGUUUUUCUCACUAUGGCUACAUGGUGGAAACAACGUUUGUAGCACUUAAAGGGACAAUCCACUUUUUUUGAAAAUAGGCUCAUUUUUCAACUUCUCUAGUGUUUAACAUUUGAUUUUUACUGUUUUGGAAUCUAUUCAGCUGAUCUCCGGGUCUGGCGGUGCCAGUUUUAGCAUAGCUUAGCAUAAUCCAUAGAAUCUGAUUAGACCAUUAGCAUCGCGCUCAAAAAUGAUAUUACGCAAUGAUACUAUGCAGUGCCCGAAAAUAGUCCCCAAGUUACCCAAGGGGGCUAUUUUCGGGCGCUGUGUAAUAUCAUUGCGCCUGCUGCAGCCAUUUUACGGCAGCAAAGUCCUUCAUUAUUACGCCGGAAUGAGAGUAUAGUUCCUACCCAUAUCUGCCUAGAAAAUCACAACUUUUAAUUUUCGGUCGUACACAAUGUAAGUACAGAAGAGUCAAGUUUUAAAUAGGAAAAAUAUCCAAAUAACUUUUUGGUUAUUUUUGAGCGCAAUGCUAAUGGUUUAACCAGUUUCAAUGGAUUAUGCUAAGCUAUGCUAAAAGUGGUUCUGCAGACCCGAAGACAAAAAGAAUGAAUUCUUAAAUGGUAAAAGUCAAAUGUUUAACACUACGGGACAUGGAAAAUGAGCCUAUUUAAAAAAAAAGUGGAGUGUCCCUUUAAACCAAGAGGCUUAUCCACAUUUUGUGACAGUGAUGUUGGACAAUAUUACAAAGUGCUUGAUAUAUAUUGUAUAUUGUAUAUUGCUUAUCAUGAUGUAAAUGACAUUAUAUUGCACCUAAAUGCAUAAAACAUGACUUUGUAUUUUGAACAUGAA